AUGAAGUGUUCACUGCAUAAAACAAAAAGGGGCAGACACUCGUCGUUACUUUCAGCCGUGGAAGAUCCAGGAGUCGUUAGUUCACUUUUAGAACAUAUCAAGCUCCUUCAGGUCAAACUGGUCGUUUUGACGCGGGAAGUAUCCUCGUUUCGUCAGGAGCUUGCAUCAUUGAAAGGUACGUUAUCCGAGGUAUGCAAGCGAGUCGACAAUGUCGAAGCGCGACUGUCUCAACUUGAGAAUAAAACACCGUCCGUGCCUGAAAGUCACUUAUUGGAAGACAUUGCCAACCUGAAGACGGAACUCAACGAGCGCGAGAAGUCAUGUCUAUUGAACGACAUUGAGAUCUCAGGCAUUACUGAACGGAAUGGGGAGAAUCUGAAACACGUAGUAGGCCUCAUUGCGCGUAAGAUUGCCAUCACAUUAGAAGAGCGCGACAUUGUUUUGGUAGAACGCGCAGGACCGCGACCACCUUACAAUGACACCAGCGAACUGUCACGAUCACGCCCUAUAGUAGUAUUGGCGAUGAAAUACUGCGGGCGGCGCGCGUGCGCCGUGGGGCUGAUACAUCGGGCUUAG